AUCUCUUUUUCGCUUGUGAAUUCCCGUGGGAUAUUAAUCUCUCGUUUGGAAUUCACGCGGGCUCUCUCUUCUUCGUUUUAUAGCUUGGACCCAUCGCCUUCCUCUCGCCGCCGGCGAGCCCAUUACCAAUGGCGAACGCGAGUGCAACGCCCAAGACCCCUCGCCGCCGCCGCCGCGUCACGUUCCUGGCUAGGACUUGCCACCGCCUCCUCCGCUUGCUCGCCACUCACCGCCUCCGCCGCGGUGGCCAUGGCCUUAACUCCAUCAGCGCCGGUGACGACUCCCCUCCCUCCGGUCAGCCGCCGCGAGGCCGGGACGCGGAGGAAGCCGAAGCGACCCAGGCGGCGGCGGCGGCGCAACGGCGGCACGAGGAGCGACACGGCGACGACGACGCCGCCGCCACCGAGGAGGCGGAGGCGGCCGUGGCGGGGAAGUACUGGGCGCAGCGGCGCAGCCUCUUCUCCCUCUACGACCGCGGCGUGCGGAUGGACGCGGAGGGCUGGUACUCCGCCACCCCGGAGCCCAUCGCCGCCGCGCAGGCCGCCCGCGCGCCGCCGGGAUCCCUCGUCCUCGACGCCUUCGCCGGCGUCGGCGGCAACUCCAUCCAGUUCGCCGCCAGGGGUUGCUACGUGGUCGCCGUGGAGAUCGACCCCCGGAAGGUGGAGCUCGCGGCGCACAACGCCAGGAUCUACGGCGUCGACGACAUGAUCGAGUUCGUCGUCGCCGAUUUCUUCCACCUCGCGCCCUCCUUGAAGGCAGAUUUGGUGUUCCUUUCACCGCCAUGGGGAGGGCCAUCCUACAGCCAAGCUCAAGUUUACUCCCUUGAUAUGCUGAAGCCAAGAGAUGGAUUUACAAUUUUCCAAGCUGCUCAGGAAAUAUCUCCAAAUAUCAUCAUGUUCCUGCCACGGAAUGUGGACUUAAGCCAAGUAGAGCAACUUUCUUGGUUGUCUUCUCCCCCCUUGGAUUUUGUGAGCGAAGAGAAUUACAUAGAACAUAGAUUCAAAGGGAUAACCGCCUACUUUGGAGGUUUGGCACAAGAAGUUCUGAAGCAAGGAUAAAUUUCUUUCUAAGGUUUCAAUGUCUAGCUUCCCCUGAAAUUCUGGUCUAAUAUCUUGCAAAUGCCCCUUAGUUGGUGUCUCAACGCAAGAGAAGCUAAGGCUUGAUGGUAGCCCAACGUUUUUAUUUGAUUCAGUAUAUGGAAGGUAUAUCCCAUA